AUGGACAUCGACGUCUCCGACCACCACUCCUCAUCCGCUGACAACGCUGCACGGGCGGCGUUCAAUUUACUCGAUUCAGAUGCGCCCUUCAGCGAGAUAUUCUUAAGGAUGUCCGGCUUACAGUUCGGCACGCACCCAUCCGGUGGGCCCUCGACCUCUCUCAAGGUAGGCCACCCAACCGCGCGCGCCCCCACCGAGGACGGAAACGAUGCCACCGCCGACACGACGCACGCGUCUAGCCCCAGUCCGACACCCUCACCCUACGGCGCCGAGUGCGAGAUGAUCAAGAUCACCAGUCGGCCUUGCGAAGGGCUGGAUUGUUUCUGGCACUCGGACCAGGACUUGGCCGAGGCGCUCAUUGCCCAAGGCGUUGAGGGGCGUCUUGGUGCGCUGGCAUUCGUGUUGGCCGAGCACGGGGAGGACGAGUACAGCAGUCUUUGUCGCACGCGCACCACAGCUGCCUCCGACACGGCAGUCAAGUUCUCACGCGCUCUCGACGAUAAGAUCUUUGCGCGUCGCUACACUAUCAAGGACCGGGCAACGGACUCGCACAUGCGCACGUUCGACCGUGCCGCCAAGAGCGCACGUAAGGACCACGCCAUCGAGUUGAUCGCCUGUACACAGGCGUAUCUCGACAGCAUCGAGGCCGCCUUCAUGUCCACGAUCGAGCUGCAUCAAGGCGGCGCCGAACUCGACGCACGACUCACCGCCCUUACCCGCACAUUUAUCGCCAACUCGACCAAAGCACAGUCCGGCCCUCUUCGCACCGUUCACAACUCGCUCAAGUGGCUCCACAGCCCCGAGAGGAAGAGGGGCGAGGAGACUGCUGCGCAGAGGGCUGAGCGAAUUGGCAAGAGACCCAAGAAGAGGGGCAAGAAGACUGGCAAGCAGGCUACAUAG